AUGGAUAGCAUUACUGGGUAUUCAACUACUCGCGAGCCUGGAACGCGGAGAAAGAAGCUGGCUGGUUAUCUCAAAGCGGCCAACGAGCUCCGCCAAUCAUACCAGCAGUCUUACGGGCUUGGAGGUCAAGAUGGCGAAACCACUGAAUACGAUACAUCAGUGCCGGGAGCAUACACGGAUGGCGCAGUCGUGCGCCAUGGUGAUGAAGAGAUGAUAUUGUUUCCAAGCUAUGCCAGACGUCAUCAACCCCGUCGGAUUCCACGCCCGAAACCUGGCGCUGAAGACGAUUUGCGAAAUGAACAGGGACCUGGAGACGCCGAAUAUUGGAAAAGAGAGUGGGAUCAAUAUGAAGACGAGAAUGCAAUAGUAGAUGUGGAUAUAAGGGGUUGGGUGUAUGCGCCGCAGAGAGGGCAAAUGAACAGGAAGAACCGCAUAAUGGUAGGUAUUGCGAGGAGGCUAAGUGGGCUACCAGCUCCAGCUGGUAGUCGAGAGUCAAGCCCAGCUUCACCGCAUCAUGCACGAGUGGAAGCACGAGCUGCAAGACAUGAGAAUGAAAUUGCGGAACAGGAAGCGCAGUCAAUCGAAAAGACGGGAAAAGCAGAAGGUGAUAUCGCACAACUGGGAGGUUACAGCGAGGCUCCUGACAGAUUGUAUGAUCAGUCCAGUCUCCAUAGCACCUCUGCACCAAGUCGGACAUCUUCACCCGAUACCAGGAUUACUCGGCCUAAAUCUACCAGCUCUUUACGAAGUGUCGACAAGCGAUCUUCAUGGAACCAACCUUCAGAGAUGAGCCCAGAAGAGCUAUCUACUGCGAAUUCCCAUCUCAUGGUCAGGUUAAGACCAUUUCUACAUAUACCGCUUAUGAGCACGCCCCUCACUGUGUUUUUCUACAAUGACAAAAAUUCCAAGUCGCGUACAACUACCACUAACGACGCUGGUCACUUUCUGCUCCGGGCAGCCCUAGACUUUAUACCCACUCACGUGCGUGUAUUAGCCUCGGACAAGUUAUCCGCAUCUGAGGAGGUUCAGAUCACGGAACCAAAGGGUGUGAGCUUGAUCAGUGAUAUUGACGAUACGAUCAAGCAUUCAGCCAUUGGUAGCGGCGCCAGGGAGAUAUUCCGGAAUGCAUUCAUACGCGAGCUUAGUGAUCUCACCAUCGAGGGAGUCAAGGAGUGGUACACCACCUUGUCUGAUAUGGGCGUAAAGCUGCACUAUGUGUCCAAUUCCCCUUGGCAAUUCUACCCAGUCCUCACCAGUUUCUUUGCAUCUGCUGGUCUGCCAAAAGGAUCCUUUCAUCUGAAACAGUAUACAGGCAUGCUGCAAGGAAUUUUUGAGCCCGUUGCAGAGCGGAAAAGGCCGACGUUAGACAGGAUAAUGACAGACUUUCCAGAUCGGCGGUUCAUACUCGUUGGUGACAGUGGUGAAGCGGAUCUCGAGCUUUACACAGACAUUCUUCUCGAGAAUCCUGGCAGGAUCCUAGCAGUCUUUAUUCGUGAUGUAACUACGGAUGAAUCACGGCUUUUCUUCGAUUCCUCUCGUCCUUCAAGUCCUAUACAUCCUCCAGGUGGACAAUCAAACACUGUCUCCUUGAAAUCAAGCACUUCCUCGAACGAAAAGAAGCGGCCUAUUCUGCCACCAAGACCAUCGACCCAAAUUUCUCGAACAUUAACGAGUACCCAAACCGAACAGCCACGGACUGGCAAGCUCAUUGACUUUGACGAGGAAUCCGGAGCCAAAACAACUUCAACUGCUCCUGCACACCCCGUAAAACCCGCCAAAUCUCCGCCACCCUCUAGACCUGCGAAACCUCUUGCUCUACGGCCUGCUUCAAAUUCUCCGACCCAAUCUGCGACAAGCAUAAAUCCCCCAAUUAGUAGCAAACCCGCUCCGCCUCCACUCCCGAAGCCUCGUCGGACAAACACGGCACCAGAUCAACCCAACACACCCUCAGACCCUUCGCCCUUGUCACGCGUCCAAAAUGCAUCUUCUCGACCUCGAAUGCCUGCUCCAAUAGAAGCGUACUCAUAUCGUACAGCCAUGAAGAAUACUGUUGUCUCAGCCUACAACUCUUUGCCAGCUUGGAACGCUAAUGCUGCUCCUUACUCUCAGCCGCUGUCUUUGACAAAUGCCUCGAAUCAAAGUCGACAACCUCCGCCUGUCCCACCACGAAGAAAUGUGUCAUCAUAUCCUUCUUCUACGCCCAAUGGAAAUUCUGGCUAUGGUAUUGCUGGUCCAGGUAAUGGGGCAUCUGAUCCGCUGAUGAGCAAGAAGGAAGAAUUGUGGAUGCGGAGAUGGGAGCGAGCGAGAGCAAUCUUCGAAGAGAAGGGUGUUCUGCUUCGGAGUUGGCGAAUUGGAGAAGACGUCGCCGAUGAGUGUGUGAGACUUGCCGAAAAGGCACUGAAGCAAGAUGAGCAGAAGAAGUAA